AUGCCGUCAAACACUUCCAGUGAUAUAGUCCAUCUAUCGCAUGGCGCCGUCCCUCACUUCGGGGAAGACUAUGAUGUUCACGACCCCGUUGCGGAAAGACAGUACAACGAUCAGCUGACCGCAUUUCGCCAGGCCUGGCACCGCGGUAGAUCCCUAAGUGUCGGAGAUUCCUUCGAUGUUACGCUGACGCCUAUCGCUAAGCCGGAGGGUGGCUGCGACCUUCCCUUAUUUGCUCACAACGAGGUGAUUAUAUGCUCGUCGUCACCGAUAUCCUUCAGCCUUUCCUGGAAUCUGAGGCUUAUUGGUCUCUUGUCUGCACCGCAGAUAUUCAAACACGAAUUUCCAACUUCCGUUAUUCUGAAAAUAUUCCAGGGCUCUUUGCUACCAGUUGAAUCUCGCACACCAUUUACUCCGGUCGUCUCUCCGAAACAGCUUGCUGGCUGUGAGAAUUAUGCGUACAAUGAGCUGAAGGACCUUCAGGGAGCAGUUAUUCCGUAUUACUAUGGAAAGCAUAAGCUGGCGAUGAAGAACGGAGAAGUCGUUCGUGUACUUGUCUUAGAGCAUAUCCACGGCUUGUCCCUUGAGGAAUGGUUUGAAUCCUUCCCAGAACACCACGACGUAGAGGAUUCGAGGACCAGUCUACCUUUCUAUGACACCAUGCACAGCCAGAGGAAAGUUCUGACCAAACAGACCAAACUGGCGCUCCGUGGCAUCACCGAGAUCAACAAACGUGGAAGCCUGCAACAAAAUAUAAGCGCAUAGAAUAUCCUCAUUAUCCCUAAUGCUGAUAGUCCGACGCAUGUUGUGUUCAUCGAUUUGCGAGUUGUGACAUUAAUUUGACAGAGCGCAAGAUGAAGGAAUACGAUCAUAAUGAACCAAAAACUUUCAUGACAUUGAUGGCGUUGUGCUGUUUAGAUCAUUACGACGAUCUCAUUUCAUGGGCGGAGGUGAAUGGUUCUCUAGGAGGUGAUCUUGUUUAUCCCGGGGUGUCAAUAUGACGUGAACUUUCGUCACUUUUUUCUGA